ACAAAAUUUUUGAGCUUUAUUCUUUUGAGCUACCGAUUUUGCCGUUUUCGUGCAGUAAUUUCGAGAAAGCGUGGACCAUUUCUGGAUUCCAAAGCUGAAGAAGAUCCAAACAUUGUGAAGAUAGAAUCCGUUUACUAAUGGUGAUCGAUCGCUUUCUGAGUUUUGUGUUUAUCGAAUUCUGAAUUUGGUGUUGUCGCCAAUUAGUCAGACAGGACAGAAACUGGUUUUCUUUCUAUUUUGUUAGAAGCAUCGAAGAAUGAAAAUGUGAUGCAAGUGAAGGAAUGAAAGUGCGUUGUAGUUCUUCGUAUCACGACUUUGGCGUGCAUAGACUGUAGAUAGAUAUCAGAUAACAACCUGUAGUGGAAAUAUGAGAAGACCUAGUCAAAUGAUGAGGCUUCUAUUAACAUCCUUUUUCGGUGUUAUUGUUGGUUUCCUUAUGGGUAUUACUUUUCCAACCUUGACUUUAACUAAGAUGAAUCUUCCAUCCACAUUGUUUCCCUCGAUUGAUCUUGCAUACAUUGAGGAUAAAUACUCUGACAUAUCAAGACAAAGACUAUUUGGUUCUUGGUCUUCGACAAAAGGCCUCAAACUCAAGAAUGACAUCCCUGACCCUCCAUAUAACUAUAAUGACACUAAGAUAUGGGUUUCGACUAACCCCCGUGGUGCUGAGAGGCUACCACCAGAUAUAGUCACGCCUGAAUCAGAUUUUUACCUCCGUCGACUGUGGGGCGACCCUAAUGAGGAUUUAACAGUCAAGCAGCGGUAUCUAGUAACAUUUACGGUUGGCUAUGAUCAGAGGAAAAAUAUAGACACUGUGUUGAAGAAGUUCUCAGAUAACUUCUCUAUAAUGCUGUUUCACUACGAUGGCCGGGCAAGCGAAUGGGAAGAGUUUGAAUGGUCCAAGCGAGCCAUUCAUGUGAGCAUUCGGAAACAAACAAAAUGGUGGUACGCUAAGCGAUUUCUUCAUCCUGACAUAGUUGCCCCCUAUGAAUAUAUCUUCAUAUGGGAUGAGGAUCUUGGCGUGGAACACUUUGAUUCGGAAAAAUAUCUGGCGGUGGUGAAGAAGCAUGGUUUGGAAAUCUCACAGCCUGGAUUAGAGCCAUAUGAAGGGCUCACAUGGGAGAUGACCAAGAAAAGAGACGACACUGAAGUCCACAAGCAUGCUGAGGAAAGGAAUGGGUGGUGCACUGAUCCCAAUUUACCCCCUUGUGCAGCGUUUGUGGAGAUUAUGGCUCCUGUUUUCUCCCGCAAGGCAUGGCGCUGUGUGUGGCAUAUGAUUCAGAACGAUUUGAUUCAUGGAUGGGGUCUGGACUUUGCCGUUCGGAAAUGUGUUCAGAACGCACACGAGAAAAUUGGAGUUGUAGAUGCUCAAUGGAUUAUACAUCAAGGUGUUCCAUCAUUAGGGAAUCAAGGACAACCAGAGCAAGGGAAACAACCAUGGGAAGGGGUGAGAGAACGAUGCAGGAGAGAGUGGACAAUGUUUCAAGACAGAUUGGAUGAUGCUGAAAAAGCUUAUUUUGAAGCAUCUGCUCACAAGAAUGCUUCUUCACGGCCUCACGGGUAAUAAGGAAACAUAUAGUCUCUCCCUCCGACUUCCACUCUCUUUGUUUACCCUGUUAAUUUUGUUCCCGGAGCUGUGCUUUGAUUUCGUGUUUAUGGAAGAGAAUAGUCUGGUCGAGAGAAGAUAAAUUGUUAGCAGCUAAGCACAUUCAUUAACAUCUGAUUAGUCUUUCUUUUUUCUUUUCUUUUCUUAACUCUGUUAACUCUUAUUGUUGAUGAGAACUCCGGUGGAGAGUAGAGUUAGAGGUAGACAACAAUAAAAAAAGGGAGAUUAACUGUGAUGGGUAAGAAAUUAGGUGUUAUUACCAGAACACGACAGAACUUUUUUUAAUUACUGUUAUAUUUCGAGUUUUUUUUAUUACCCAGCGUGCCCCUACUAAACGUUACCGGAAAAAACGUAAUUACAGGGAAUGCCACUGCCACGUCAGAAUUUGCUGAUGUGGAUUAAAUGAACUCAGCCGGCUGAGUUACGGUAUGUUGCGGCUGACUUACGUCAAAAAUAUAUGAGUCAUAACAAAACGGCGAAGUAUGAGUAUAACUCAGCCAGACGUUACGGCUGAGUUGAAAAAUGUUGCCUGAGUUAUAGUAUAACUCAGGCAACGGUAUGGUUGAGUUAAGGAUGUUCGGCCGAGUUAUAAGAAGUUAUACGAUAACCCAGCCAACAAUAUGGCUGAGUUAUGAGAAAAAGGCUGACUUAUUUCCUCGACGCGGCCGAGUUAUAGUUUUGAUUGGCUUAGUUAUGGAAAGAUGUGACGGCUGAGUUAUGGUCGAGUGAUAUAAAUCAGCCGCUAAUAGCUGGAUUACGAUAUAACUCAGCCAUAACAUGGCUGACUUAUUUUUAAAAGAUUAAUUACUAUAAUAUCAUGCAGUUAUGGCCGAGUUGUUGAACGUUACGGUUGAGUUAGUUGAGUUACGACAUUACACGGCUGACUUAACUUUAUUUUUUUUCCUUUUUUAAUUACUGU